CUCCGCUCUCCCGUCGCGGGCCCCGCCCUCCGCUCGCCUCGGUGCCUGUCAGCGAAGGGAUCGGCUCGGCGCGCCUCGGCCCGGCCUAGUCCGGCCUCCUCCUCCGCGGGGCGGAAACCGGAGAAAGACAGACACCCCCCUCCCGUGAGGGAAGGAGCGAAGGCCGCGUCGCCAUGGGAACCCGCGACGACGAGUACGACUACCUCUUCAAAGUUGUGCUGAUUGGAGACUCUGGGGUGGGAAAGAGCAAUCUCCUAUCCCGCUUUACACGCAAUGAGUUCAACCUGGAGAGCAAAAGCACCAUUGGCGUGGAGUUUGCCACCAGAAGCAUUCAGGUGGAUGGGAAGACGAUAAAGGCACAGAUCUGGGACACUGCUGGCCAGGAGCGAUAUCGUGCCAUCACCUCUGCAUACUACCGUGGAGCUGUUGGGGCGCUUCUGGUUUACGACAUUGCCAAGCACCUGACAUACGAGAAUGUGGAACGUUGGCUGAAGGAGCUCCGGGAUCAUGCGGACAACAAUAUCGUCAUCAUGCUGGUGGGGAACAAGAGCGACUUGCGUCAUCUGAGGGCUGUGCCGACCGACGAGGCUCGCGCUUUUGCAGAAAAAAACAACUUGUCUUUCAUUGAAACGUCAGCGCUCGAUUCGACAAACGUAGAAGAAGCUUUCAAGAACAUUCUCACAGAGAUCUACCGCAUCGUGUCUCAGAAGCAAAUUGCAGACCGAUCUGCCCAUGACGAAUCUCCCGGAAACAACGUGGUGGACAUCAGCGUGCCCCCCACCACCGACGGACAGAAAUCCAACAAACUCCAGUGUUGCCAGAACCUGUGACCUCCAGGGGCAUGCUCCUGCCUCUCACAUUGCCUGUGCUUCACUUAGAAACUCGUGUGCACUCCUCCUCCGGUGUAUCCCGUCAUUCGGUGACUCUCGUUUCAUUUUCACAACCCCACUCCACCCCCACCUCUUCCCACUCAUCUCAGAGUGUUACCCAUAGGGCUAGCAUUCCUUUGCCUCUGGUGAAUCCAGUUAGAAUGUUUUUUUUUUUCUUUUUCAAAUUGGGGGGUGUAGUUUGAAUGAUAAGUAUUGACAUGGCAGGUGGUUGGGGUUUGGUGUUACCUUGCUUAUGAAAUGCCUACAGGACACACUGCCCCCCCCCCUCAACACUGUUAACUUUCUUUUCCCUGUUCUCACUUGUGGGAACGGAAGGAGUCUUUUUGUUGUUGUUGUUGUAGUGGCAGAAGAAAUAACUGCACUUGGGGGCAGGGACUUAGAUUCUUUCACAGCUGCCCGAGAAAUCAAAGCCAAGAAAGACCCAUUCUACCAACACUUCAAGUUUCCCAGGUGGUUGGGAGAAGACCUGGGUUUAGGCUUCUACUGCUCACACGUACACAUGCACCUCAAAAAGCUGUUCAGAAGGUGUGUCCCCCACCAUUAAUGCAGAAUUGGUCUCGCACUGUAGUUCUCCCUGCUUCCGACCCAUGGAAACGUUUACUUUCAUGUCUUCUGUCUCUUUGUUUUCCAGAUUGGGAACAAUGAAGUGUGUCGCUACAUUAUGUUUUUGUUCCUCCCCAGUUGUGCAGAAGCUGUAUAUGAAGUAGCUUCUAGUGCUCUCCCCCCCCCCCCUUAGGGCUUUCUGUUAAUCAGCCUCUGUACAAUUAAGUGCCAGCCUAAUGGCUUUGGUAGAAUCUUCUUGCAGUCUGUAGAAAUUAUGCCGCUUUGCUCUGUAGAGAAAUCUUUCCUUGGAGACCUCCCCGAUUCUGUCUGUCUCUCUCUUGCUGUCUCUCUCUGCAUGCUGCUCUAUUUCCCCAGUCUCAUCCCUCUUCCCUUCUCCUUCCUUUUGCGUGCGGAACAAACAAACAAGACUAACCCUGGAGUGAGUGUGAAGCAAUAUUUUUCAUGCCAUGUACAUAACUCACACUGGUAAGGUUCCUGACUGAUUAUAGCUGUAGAGAAAUUGGUAACUUUUUUGUAACACUUUAAGCAAAAGCGCCUCGGAGCUGAUUGCCGUUUCCCUGGCAGGUGGCCUGCUUUUACUUCUGACCCCCUCUCCCCUUGUGCUGUUGCUGCUUCUCUCACCUUGUUCUCUUGAAUGGUUCUUUUUCUAGAAAAAACUUGAUCUUUUUUUUUGUUCUAAAUGAUUGUAUUACUAUGAUGUACCAGAACUCUGACAUCAUGCAGGGCUAAAACACCACCAAAACUUAAAACAAAAGAACAAAAUGGACGGAAAAGGCCUUUUCUCUCUGUUCUUUCUCAUCUUUUCUCGCCCUCCCCAGCCCAUUCCUUUACUAGUUGAGAAGAUCUGUGUCGGUUUUUCCUUGUCAUCUGCUGGAGUUUUUAAAAGGGGGUGGUGGUUGCUUGUGAGGUAGGGAGAUGGGAGCCCCCAUGAUAAGCGAAAAUCUAGGGUUGCUGUCCAGUAGCAAUUCAGAGGGGUGGGGUUUUUUUUUGAAGGUUGAAUCCUGCCACAUUAGUGCGUGGGGAUAUAUUUGUGUACGUAGACUUGGGUGCAGGAUAGGGGGUACCGGUUGCUGUCAGAUGCUGUUUUUAUGGUUGGGCUUAAGAAAAAGACCUUUUGGCAGUUAGGCAAAAGUGAUCCUGUUGUAUUCUCCUACUGCUCCUCUGGUUUUGCAGUUUUUUCAUCAAUCUGUAGGAAUAAGUGUAGGACCACACUCCUCUUUUAUCUCAUCUACCCACUGGGAAGUUUAACUUCUUGACCGGUUGGGAGCAUCCUUGGAUUUGCAGUCUCUUGGGAAGGAAACGUCUGGCUUAUCCAUCAAGGCCAGGCUGAAGCAGGAGACAGUCCCUGUCUGGGUUUUGUGGCCUGGCUGCUGAGUCAUAAUGCCUGUGAGAGACCCAGAGCGGGGAGCAAACAGUGCUGUUCAUCCAGGCUGCAGAGUGGCACUGCACACUGUGUCCAAGGGUUUCUUCUUGGUCUGAUAAAUUCUCUUGGCGUGGGGGUGGGGAGAGCUCCGAGCAGCCUGAGCUUUAAUCUCUGCAGCAGCGGCUUUGACCUUCUGAGCUGCCUUUUCAUUGGCCGCCAGCACUGUCUCCUGGGAUGAUCCACUUGCCGCUGGCAAAAGGGUUGUUGAUGCAGUUGGGUUUUGUGUGUGUCUCCCUCCCUCUACUGGGAUUUUGAAGGAUUUGUUUUUUCCCUCUUCACCUCUCCAAAAAACCCACAGCUACUCUAAUACACCUGUAAUUGGGGAGGGGAGCACAAUUGCAUUCCGUUAGGUAUCCAGUAGGUAUCCCCAUCCCUUCAAAGAGAUCAGUCUCCGUUGCAGCUUUUUAGUUGAAGUUCAAGACUCCAGUUAUCCCUUUCUGGGCUAUGGGCUUCCACUUUAGGAGUCUAAAAGCCUCUUCAAGAAUACAAAGGUGAGGGGGUCAUGAUUAAAGGGCAGUUGGACACCCAGUACCAUUUCACAUUGAACCCUUGACAGAUUUAUAUUACCUAGCAUUGAAUGGGGGAAGACUGUAAAGUAGUAUUUCCUGUACUGGGGAGAUUAUCCUCGCUGAGACACACUCCUGUGUUGCUGAAGAAUAAUUCCAGGAUGCUGCUAGUUGAGCCUUGGGGCUUACUAGAGUGUACGAGGAUUAUGUUGUAUGAGGGGUGUGUGUGUCAGGGAAGAGCAGGUGGAGGUCACAAGUUCUAAGCAUUUGAUGAUUGCAGAGAGUCGAGCCACGGACUCCCAUGUUCCUCUUCUUAAACCUUAAUUCCUUAGCCGUGUUUUUCUACUGUAGUCAGCAUCCUGGUGAGGUGAGGCCUUUGUUUCCAUGGGAGACUUACUGCUUCCCUGCAGCCCAGGGUCUUGUGAUGAAAACCCCAGGCCUGCCGGAGAGAGAGAAUGGAACUUGUUUUCCCUUCUCUGGGGCAGCAGUGACGGAUGUGGGGGGAGUCCUGAGGUCGGGUGGGGCUGGGUUUGUGCAGGGGGACAGCAAGGCAGGCUGCAGAGUCGUGUCCGAUUCCUUCCCCGGGCGCUGUAUGUGUAUUUUUUCCCUUGUUCCCUCGCUCAGACUUGACUCGACAGGGACAGAAAGCUCUUUCUGUAUGCUCUCAUCCCACUUUUUCCUCUUGGGCUGAAUAUCCUUACCUCUCCAGCAUCUCCAGACUGUUCUGAGGAAACAGGGAUGCUAGAGCAAUCCUUGGCACUCAGCAACGGGCACAGCCCCCUCUCAAUCUCUGCUUUUUCAACAGAGGAACACGUCCAUUCCCAUGCCAAUGACGGAAAGGUCGCAGGUCUCGUAUUUUUCUGACCAUGACAAAACCCACCACAGUGGUCUGAGCGGGGAGCAGAUCCAGAACGGGGCUGGGGAUACAACUAAGGGGUCCUUCAGCAGUACUGCAGCUUGUCACAGGUGUGGGCGGGAUGUCAGCCAGGCCAGUGGCCUCUUCUGUGGCUUCCGUGUCCUGAGGAGGAGGCCAUUAAACACUCCACAGGUCACUUUGGGCUGUUGCAUCGGUUCUGUGGGGGAAAGAUCCCCCCCUUUCUCAUUUGCUUCUUGCUGACUCUUCUGUUAAGUGCAAUUCCCUUGUAAAUACUCAUUUGACUUUUGUGCAUGGUUAUUAUGUAUUGUGGAUAUAAAGUUUGC